AUGAUCGAAAUAGAGUGGGGAUCGCCUGAUCACCAUGGACGUCAUCACAAGAAAGCGUCGACGGUACAUGGCUGGGUCACCAAGAUGCGUGGCACGCUGAUUGACAACGAGUCCGUCAGACGCCUCGGCAUCAGGGAGAUGCGCGAAGCUCGUGCCAUCCGAGAGUACAAGCACAAUUGGGCCAGAGAGCGGAGAGAGCGGGGGCGCGAGAGUGAUCACAGUCUCUGGGGUAUAUUCUCUAUAUUCUCCGUCUUCUCCUCACCGAAGAGUCACUCCCCCCCAAAGCUUCGCGCUUCCGGCAGACAUCACUCUAGCCGCCCCCACCACUCCUCGGGAAGACAUCACUCGGGUCGAGGGUAUCAUGACAAAUCUGACCAUCAUCGCGACCUCGGCCAUUCGAACCGAGGAGAGUCAUCGUGCAUGCACUUCCCCCAUCGCACCAAACCCUACCACCAUGGUCAUGGAACCCGUCUUCGAGGCAUACUCACCGGGAACAGGGAGUUAGCUGCGAUAGGCAGGGAGAUGAACGAGAGGGCAGCCAGAGAACGCCAGAAGGAGCGACGCAGGCGUCAGCGGCAAAGCAGGAAGGAUGCUGCUGCUCUGAAGUACGAGGCUGCCGGCAACAGGUGGGACUGGCGCAGAUGA